GAGACCACCGACGCUCAGUCCGAGUAUCCAUCCAGAGAUCUGCAGAGAAGGCGGCGGCGAUGAGCUCAGCGACCAUUUCGGAGGGCUCAGAUCGGCGUCAGCGCUAGACCACCGACAUCUUGCCUUUUUUACAUAACCAACUGCAAAUUUGCGAAUCUUUGAGCGGACGGAGUCCCGCAUCUCUCGAGGCGUCGGCGUGCAGCGCGUUCCAUCCGCCUUGGAGUAAUGGCAGAACAACUAUCCCAGAGUGAACUGGACUAUCCCUUCAAACUUCUGGAGUAUUUCAAUGGCUUCAGGAUUUCCAAGGUGAUCUUUACAGCCUGUGAACUGGGAGUUUUUGACCUUCUGCUGGGAUCCCAGAGGCCUGUGAGUGCAGGGCACCUCGCCCAGGAGCUGGGAACCAGUGUGGACGGGAUGGAGCGGCUGCUGGAUGUCCUGGUGGGCAUCGAAAUCCUGGAUGUGGAGACAGUUGAUGGGACAGUUUCCUACAGUAGCACUGAUGUGGCAAACCUUUACCUGGCCAAAGGCAGUGCAAAAUCUCUUCAUGAUAUGAUCCUUUACCAGUCCCAAACCAUCUACCCGCUGUGGAGCAACAUGGUGGACGCUGUGAGGGAAGGGAAGAACCAAAAUGAGAGGACCUUCGGCCUUCCAGCUGAGGACAUUUUCCAAGCUAUUUACAGAUCUGAAGAGGAGAUGCUGAAGUUCAUGGGUCUGAUGAACUCGUCGUGGGUUCUUGAUGGUCAGGACAUCGCGACAGCGUUCAACCUCUCCUCCUUUAAGACGGUGGUCGAUCUUGGAGGCUGUUCCGGUGCCUUUGCCCGUGUGAUGGCCAAGGCGUACCCCUCGUCCUCUGUCACUGUGUUUGACCUCCCCCAAGUAGUGGAGACAGCCCAGAAGCACUUCUCUGAAGAGGACGAUACUAUUAUAUUUCAAGCUGGUGAUUUCUUUGAUGGGGACAUCCCGUCUGCUGACCUCUAUAUUCUGGCAAGAAUCAUUCAUGACUGGAAUGAAGACAAAUGCCUUAAACUGCUGAAGAAGGUCUAUGAAAACUGCCAACCAGGUGGAGGGAUCCUGCUGGUGGAGGCGAUGCUUUUUGAGAACAGGCGAGGACCUGUCAUGGCUCAGAUCUUCUCCCUUAACAUGCUGGUGCAGACGGAGGGCAGGGAGCAUCCGCCCUCCCAAUACUCUGCCAUGCUCACCACAGCCGGCUUCCAGGACAUUCAGGUCUGCCGGACAGGGAAGUCCUAUGAUGCUAUUCUUGCCAUCAAAUGAAUUUUAACAAGUGCUGUUUCUACAAGACUUUGACGGUGACUGGCAGGGUUGUUGUGCAGGCCCGGAAAGACUGAAUGGCAUCCGAAGUUUUGGAAUUUGAUUUAAAUCAUGGUUGUGUGGGGAAAAACCUGUUGUUCAGACCCAGUACGCACAACUCUGAAUCUCUCUUUGGUCCUAACUCUUCCGCAUACUGUGAUGUUUUGAUAAUUCUUUGAUAGCAUUAGGUCUAGCUGUACCCAGCUUGCAUACACAAGUCAAAAGGGGAAAUUUCUACGAAAGGAGUUUGGCAUUCAAAUCCCCCGCUGUAUGUUUUGCUAUUGUGAUAACAGUAUUUGUGGUAUCUCUUUUCUAGGUCCGAGGUCAACAUGACCGUGUUACCAAUUGACUUCCUUGCACCAAGCUCAGGUUCCGCCACUAUUCAAACUCGUAUUGUUGGCGUGUUGCACACGUCAAGGUCUACAGGGCCCACAUUCUUGUUAAAAGAUUAUUUUGUCUACAGCUGCGCCUUUUCGUAUUGCACUGAGUCCCCCCCUGCCGCCCCCCCAAUCGGUGUGUUUACAACAUGUUGAACUCUUAGUCACAGUAAGGACAGUCAAGUCUAGGCUUGUAUUUUUUUUAUUUUUACCGACUGCACGUUUCACUAAUGAGGUAUGAAUGUGUAACGAAGACAAAACAUCACUCAUUCAUAGAUCAGAUAUUAGAUAGCUAUAUAUAUAUAUAUAAGGUCUGUGUUUUUAAGCACUUCGUUGUGAAUGAUAACUUGCAUGCAUCCAGCUACUGACAUAUUCAUCUGAAUAAGCUUCUUUUUUAUUAUUAAAUAAACGGAUAUGCACAGGGGAA